AUGGCAAGACUUGCAGUGCUGACCGUCUGCCUCUUUGCAGAGGCCGUUGCCCAUUCGCCCCAAGGUUCCAAUGGAGAGCGUAUGCGUGGCAGCCGACGACUCUGGGACAUAGCGGCGCGAGAGAAGCAUAUCUGGGGUCGAUGCGAUCGCUGGGAUGCCAAGGUCAGCGGAUGCGAGCUGAACUCUGAGUACAAGUGCAGUGACCGCAUCUCGCAAGGUCCUGCACAGUAUGAUAUGGAGAUUGUUCUUGGAAACUUGACCCCAUCGAGAGAUGGUCAUCCUGUGCAUUUGGCAUGGUGGGCUCCUCAGAAGUCCCAGACGGCCUGGAAUCCCCAUGACAGCCUCGAAGGUUGCGCAGUGUACAGGGACAUGAACGAGGCGUACCCAGACUUCAGCGAUCCGAACUUCAACGGCGGCAACUUGGUGGUGAGUCAGAGUGGCACAGUGACCAUACGUGUGCAGAAUCCUGCCACCUACUUUGUGACGCAUUGGAUCUCUGUGCCUCACAUCCACCUCCGCCUUUGCAGCAAUGAUACCUUUGCGCACACCACGCAAGAUGCGAUCAUCUUCGUGAGAAAUGGAGCCGAGCUUGUUGCUGGUGAGGCCGGGUCGUCGCUUCAGAUCAAGAGCGUGAAGAACUACACUUGGACCGAGCGACCGGGAACCGGCAACGUGAGUGAUACAGGCAUUGCUGGCAUCCUGGUGUGGAGAAGGGAGGGUACGACGACCACCUUGGCACCUGGCCAGAUCCAGCAACUUGUCGAGGACACGAUGGACAGGAUGAACUUGGAUGCAUUGGAGUUUUCGCCGAUUUAUCAGUGCUUUGAGAACGAUCAGCUUUACGACCACUUCACCGCAGAUUGCACAACGAGCUGCGGUGGUGGUGCAGAGGUGGCCCACGGCCAGUGUGUGCGACCCGCACGUUUCUCGGAAUCCAGCGUCGUUGGCAUCUGGCAGCUCAUGGGCACCUGCAACGAGGCUUGCUGGAGCCAGUGGAAGAACGUGACCCUCCACGACGCGAGGCUUGCGCUGGCAGAUCUGCUGGACGUCCCCUUUCAGGAGAUCUCGAGGGUCUCGAUGACUUUCCAUGCAUCUGCGGGGCGCCGGCUGAGCACUGACAAGUUGGCAACCUUUCAGAUCAUGGUGACCACGAAGCGCUUGCCCAAGAACGACAUCAACACCCUCAUGCGAACUUUCUUGACUGAUCCGGCCGCUGCGGCAGAUGUUAUGAACUUUCCGGUGACCGAGGUCACGAUGACGGACAUGAACGACCGCGGAGAAUGGAGAAACGUCGAAACUGGCAGUGGAGACAGGACGGAUGUGAUUGACGACGGCACCGAUCCCUACCAGGGUGCCUACGAUGAGAAGGAGCCCAGGAAUAACUGGCAAACCAUCGGAGGUAUUCCCACCGGAGACCUGCCAGUUGGAGUCAUCGUGGGCGUCGCCAUCGCCGUGAUCUUUGUCGGCUUUGGCUUCGGAUUCUUUAUCCUGUACCGCCGCCGUCGGGCCAUCACCGAGAUUGCAUCCGGUGAGCGUCAUGUAACCGCCGCAGGCACAAUCAUUGGGAGCGGUGGACCGGCGCCAGGCAAAACCGUGGAUGACCCAACGGUUCCGCAGAAGCCUGGUCCAACCCAAGAGGCCAGUUUGGAUGCUCACAAGGUGUGA